CCGAACAAAUAAAUAAACAAUUAAAUAAAUACCUAGAUAAAUAAAUAAAUAAAUACAUUUAAAAAAACCCAUAGAAACAAGUUCUACUCUGUAAGAAAAUAUAUCCUCAUUACCAAAACAUGAAGUCCUUGUUAACUAGCAUCGUGUGCCUGGCCGUGGUGUCCUUGUCUCGCUCAGCGAGUAUUCACCUCGGCAAAUGUCCAGAUGUGCCGCCACAGAGCACUCUUGAUGCCGCCAAGUACUUAGGAGUGUGGUACGAGAUGGAGCGGUUCCCGACGGUGUUCGAGCGCGGCAACUGUAUCAGCGCAAACUACUCACUGAAGUCGAACGGGAGGAUAGCGGUGGACAACAGAUACAUCCUAAACGGCAAGGAGCACACAAUCCUAGGUGAGGCCUAUCCGGAAGAUGAAAACAGCACAGAGGCUAUACUCAGCGUUCAGUUUCCCUUCUCCCCAAAGGCCGAGUACAAGAUCGUGGAGACUGACUACUCAAGUUACAGCCUCGUCUUUUCGUGUGCGUCAAUCGCUGACAUCUUCAACACCCAGUUCGCCUGGAUUCUCUCCCGCACGCGCACGCUGGACAAAGCCGUGGUGAGCAGACUGGAGAACACUCUGGCCCAGUAUCACAUCGACGUGAGCAGUUUCAUCCCGACCAACCACACAGGAUGCGCAAUGGACCAACCAGACAUUGAUCCUGUAAUGGGUAGAUUAAAUUUUUAAAAAUAAAAUAUUUUGAUGUAUAUAGUUCUUGUAAUUAUCAACACAAUUCAGAUGAGUAACGAGCUAGGUUGCUUCGAAUCUGUCUGCUAGGCCCAAUCCGAGCGAAGAGGGAUACGCCUUCAAUGCUGACAGACUGACAUACUCCAUUUGAGAACCUCCCAACGCAGGAAUCAAGCUCUCGUCUUUUGUGUGCCUUAUUGUUGCAGCAUAGAACACAGUUUGAUGAUUUUAAAAAAUGUGUCCUUCCACAUUUAAGCUUACACAUGACAUUCAAAGUGACGGAAAUUCAUUAAAUAUAUACAUAUUUUAACUUCAAUUUCCUGUUGAAAACAG